CAUGGAUUAUUAUUUAUCUAUGAGAUACGUAUAUAUAUCAUAUAUUUAGUUUCUGCCACUUUCUGCUUAUUAUAAUUAUAUUCUUUAGAAUUCAAUUCUUUACAGUAAUGUAUAAAUAUAUAUCAAUAACACAGAAACUGACGUGACUUAAAUGGCAUUAAAUGUUAAGUUUAACAUAAUAACAGAGGUAUUCCCUUCAUUAUAUUAGCAGAUACGUCUAAUUGUGAAAUAAUUACGUAUACAGGUACGUAGAGUACCUAGAGCCUCUAUUGCAAUAACGUGCAAAAUGAAUUUAAAUGAACUUGUCAGCAAGAAUCAAUCAAUUAAAAUAGUUCCAUCUAUUGAGGAGUCCUUACGAAGCAUUGGAUUAAAUGUGGAUUUGGAUGUAAACAGUGUUGUCUGGUUUGAGCAACUGAAAGAUGCUUACAGGCUGUGGAAGAAAAGCACAACAAUAGAGAAAAAUAUAGAAAUAUUUUUCCAGUCAGUUCCCGAUCCUUACCGUGUAGCCUUGGUUUUUGUUAUAAAAUGUGGAGAAUGUAAAGACUGUAAACCGAAGUCACUGCCUUUUUAUAUCAUUGAAACACUUCAGAAAUGGUCUUCACACAGUGGAUCUGUUCCAGAGCAAUCAAUAAAACUACCUGCUUUUCAUUUCGCCAUUUAUCAAAGAAAUCAACACUUUUUGAAUUUGAUAGCAAAAACAUAUCAAAUGGCUACAAUCAAAGAAGACAUUUUACCUUUCGUAAAUGAUAUGAUAAAGAAUGACAAUUGUAAGCAAGCAUCACAGAUAGUUAUAGCAAUGGAAUUGUUUGAUGACAUUCCAGUUGAAAAUCUUUUGUUUCCUUUGAUAUUACAAGACAAGACUUGUGUAAUAGAUGAAUAUCUUUCUGAAUGCCCAAAUCAAGUGCAACCUCUCCUAGUAUUUCUAGAUAAAUUACUGGACAAAAACUUUGGGACUCGUGAUUUUAUACAGCAAUAUAUAGAUGAAAAUAAAAUAUGCCAUGUCAAAUAUGAAAAACUCCAUUAUAAACCUUUAGGCAAGCUAGUAGGGCGACUGUGCAAUAAAUAUAAUAUCCCUAUAGAAACCUGUAAAAAUCUUAGUAAAAACCGUACAACAGGUGGACUGAAGUACUUAAUACAUCAGAAGUAUCAGGAACAUAAUGUGAGCUUAUCAGUUUGGGAAGAUCUGGUAAAGGACUCAUUAAAACAAAAUGUUGAAUCUGCUCAUGAAUUUAUAGACAUGUUAAUAGACUAUGAUAGAAAUGAAGCACUAAAAUGGGCAAAGUACCUCAAUUUAACAGAAAAUCAUUUACCUUUAGCUCUUAGAAAUGUCUCCCUGCAAGAUACACCAGAAGAGAACUGGGACACUGAGGUAGAUCCUGCUCAAAAUUAUUACAAGUUUUCAUUGCCUUCUGAUCAAAUUAUAAUGAUAGACACAGCAGAAAAGUUUUAUGAUUUGAUGGUUUCUACAUUAGCUACCUGCAGUGUAGUGAGUGUAGACUGUGAGUGGAAGCCAUCAUUUGGUGCCACACAGUCACAAGUUGCAUUAGUACAGAUUGCAACUCAGCAUAAUGUCUACUUGGUAGAUGCUUUGUUAUUAAAUAACCAGCAAUAUACCAGUUUCUGGUACACAUUUCAUAAGUCAUUCUUAGAUAAUGCAGAGAUAGUUAAGUUAGGAUUUGGACUAGAGCAAGAUUUAAAAGAAUUGAAAUGUUCAGUUAAUGGUCUUGGUAAUAUAAAAGUGAGAGGUGAAGGUUUAUUAGAUUUAGGCUUGCUUUGGAAACACUUAUUGAAUAUAGGUUUCAUUUUUCCUUGUAAUAAUGAAUCUGGAGGCAACAGUCUUAGUUCCUUAGUGCAAUUAUGUUUUGGUUUACCUCUUGAAAAAUCAGAACAAUGCUCUAAUUGGGAACUACGACCUUUAAGAGAGACACAAAUUAUGUAUGCAGCACUAGAUGCUCAUGUUCUUAUAGAAAUUUAUGAAUUGCUGCAAAAGUUGUGUCAAAAACAGGGCAUUAAUUUUGAUGAAAUUUGUAACAAUAUAAUGUCAGAAAAAAAGACAAAGAAUUCUAAGAGACUUAAAAUAAUUGAAAGAUUUCAACCAUGUGUAAAUAAUAGUCAAACAAAAUCAGUUAAGGAUGUAAAAUUUUUAAUUGAUAUUAAACUAUCUAACUUAAUGCCUUACUUAAGAUAUUGUGGUAUAGACACAGUAACAAUUGAAUCUACUAUGCUGUGGUGUGAUACAGUCAAAUUAGCUAUAUCUGAAGAUCGUUUAAUUUUACUUGUUAAGUUAAAGUGUUCACCUUCUCUUAAUUUUCCACAAAGUUCUAUACUGGAUGUAGGCAUGUCUACCUCCAUUAAAGACCAAUUAGAUAAAGUAUUAAAUAGUUAUAACAUUAGAGUUGUACAAAAUAAUUUAUUAACAUGUUGUAUUGAAUGCAAUAGUAAAGAUGUAAAGAAAAUUGAUUCCAAAGAAGUUUUACAGUUGUGUAAUAGCUAUAAAUCAUUCACAAAUGCAGACACACCUGGUCCUAGAUAUGUGACUGAUGAUUAUGAUGAUGAGGAAACUAAUUAUGAUAACUUUCUAAGUGAUUCAGACUAUGAUGAUGACAUGUAUCAUAUACAACCAGUUAAACAUACACACCAAUCCCUUUGUAAAACCAGUAAAGGUUUGCCAAUACAAAUUAUUGACGUCAAUAGUUUAUCAGUAACAAAUAAGCCAGUAUUUGUAUGUGAAGAUUGUGGAAAGCUAUAUUGGGAAGGUGACGAAUUCUUAAAAACUGUUAAUAAUACUAUAUGUAAAUUGACAAAUAUUACUAUAUGGUAGGGGGUGAACCUAUGAAAUAGUACAAAUUAAGAAUAAAUAAAAA